AAUGGGCUACAUGCAACCUUUUGGAUUUGGAACACUUGCAUGUCAAAAUUUGUCCAGUCUAUCACGGGAAACUGUGAAUGGAAGCCUUAUUUUUUUUUAGUUUUUUUAGAUAGAAAUCGAUGCCGGGAACUAAACGUUUCGGCCCUUGCUUAAAGUUGACGGGCUCUGGAACUAAUAAAUUUGAGUUGAUAACCAAAUGUGUCACAAUUUGUAUUUGUAUUAUAUUAUAUUAUGUUUUAUGCUAUGAUCGGAAAGAAAAAAUUAGUGAGUUGGAAGAUAGAAAAAAAGGAAACUAUGUUUAUUGGCAUAACGCCAUUGGUUGCUUGGCAUAAUGCCGUAUGGCAUAAUAAUUACGCUAUUUUAUAAAGUUGCUAGGAUUAUGAUCUGCGUCGUAUAUAAAACCAGAGCAUUUCAUUUAUUUUCUCAAAAACUUGUACGUGUAAUAACCUAUUUAUUAUAGCUUUUGACAAAAUUGUUGUAAAACAUUUUUUGCUCAAAAACUGAUGACAGAUAUUUAGCACUUCCGCUAAGGAUUGGAAAAAAUGACGCACCCGGUGGAUGAUUUUUUGAAUUAUUUUUUACUUUCGCUUAUUUAUAGUAAAAUAUGGACUUUUUUCGAUUGGGAUACUAAGAGGAAACGUAAAUAAAAAUUAAACAAUUGACUUUUAAAUGCUACUUUUAGUUAAAGCCAAGUUAUGGUAGAAAUAAUUCAAAAGUGCGUCAAUUUUGGAUCCGCGCAAAUAUGGUACCUUUACGGUACAACUCAACGUAUUGGUUAAGAAAUAUGCGCCAAAAUGUGUCUUAACCCUUUCCUUCCCACGACUUUGAACGACUAUAUCUAUGCUAAUAAGCGUUUCCGAGAAAAGUGUUCGAACAAAUGUUAUUGUAAAUUGGCUAAAUUUUUCGAAAUCAAUGAAAAAAAAUUUGAUUGUAAAUCAAUAGGUUUUUGAUUGUUUAUCAAUAGUUCCACUAUUGAAACAAGUAGUUAGUAGUUGGAUCUACCUUAUGAGGUUCCAAUCAUAUUUUUAAAAUUAUUGCAUCAUAUUCAUCUAAUUCCAUUUGUCCCGAGUUCAUCGAAAAUCGAUGGUGCUCUAGAGCAACCAUGGGAAGUAGAGGGUUAAUUCAGGAAACGUCCGAUUCUUUGUGUUAUGCCAAACGGCAUUAUGCCGAUGUAAACUGUUUCCCAUACAAAUUAAGCCCUUUCCUGUUUAUAGUCUAUACCUUUAAACUUGAAAAAAGGUUUUCCAAAACAAAAUGGAUACCAGCGCUUCCAGAGCCAUCGUGGGUACAGCUUGGACCGUAACCUUUAGUUCCCUCGUCAACAUCGUGUGGGCGAUACAUCCUACAAACGGCACUAAUGUCGAAUCUCUUUGGUGUUACCGACAGCAUAAAUCCCUAAGAGCUAGCAACCAGUAUCCACCAUGAGUACUCCAGUUGCCGAUACCAAGUCAGCUGCAGAGGAGCAGGUACCGAAAGCAGAGGAUGAGCAGGAAACUUCUACGGCCUCCAAUGAGGACGUACAAGUGAAAGGUGAGAAAGGGGCUAGCCCAAAGCCCUCAACUGAUACUGCGGAACCGACUGCUGCAGAGGAGGUGGACUCGUCAUCGGACGAGACGAAACCUGAAGCUGCUUCCGGUGAAGAAGCCAAACCUGCUGAAGGUGAAAGUGACACCAAGGCGAAGGCCGACAACAAGAACCGCCGCAAUGGUGCCACUCGUAAGCGUUACAAAUGGUUGCUAGAACAGGGUUACUCGCCUGAGGAUGCCGCUGAGAAAGCCAAGGAACCGUUGAAGGUUCAAGAGCUGGAUGAAUACAAAAACCUCAGUGGCGCAGCGAAGAAGCGAUACAACUGGCUGCUAAAGAAUGGCCACAGCGACAUGGAAGCCCUCAAGAUGGCACGGGAGCCAAUGGGCGCCUCCAAACGCAAUCUCUCGGCAAACAGUGCUUCUCCUCCGAACAAGGUCAACAAGACGGGAGUAGACCCUGCCGGAGGAAUGGUGAUGGCAGUCGCCGUUAUGGACUAUCCCAACACGUCCUUUACCAAAGCACAGGCCAAUGAGUUUAAAUCGGCUAUCCUGAAGGAGGUUAUUGCCCAAAAAGACUCGGAACUGAAACCUCACUUCCAGAGCUGCACCUACGUUAAGGGGUAUCUGAGGGUCCACUGCUCGGAUGAGGAUACCCGUCGUUGGCUUCAGCGUGUCGUAGCGAAGCUGGCCGUUCCGGAAGGUAUGGCCAACUUGAAGAUUAUCGCGGAGAAGAAUCUCCUGAAGGGUGACAUCUACACCGGAUUCUUCCCCGAUAGCCGCAAGGACACCAACGAAGCCAUUCUGGAAUUUGUCGAGAGCCAGAAUGACAGCAUCGAUACUUCCAAGUGGAAGAUUCUGUCCCGGAAGGAGGUUCAGAACAAGCAAGUGGUUGAGCUGACGUUCACCUUGGAUAUGCCAUCUGCCAAGACCCUGCAGGGUCUUGGCUAUGAGUUGAACUACAAGUUCAACAAGAUCAAGAUCCGGAAGCAAACAAAGUCUGGUGAUAGCCCAGCAAAUCCCAACCAAAGACCUGUUGUAAACAUGGGUCCGCCGCAUGUGCGUGGACCCUUCCAACAGCAACUUCAGGGUCCCCAGAUGAACUUUAAUGUUUGGGAUAGAAACUAUGCUCAGAAUCGUGUCGGCAACAAUUUCAAUCGAUUCGACAACAUGCGGAACUCUUUCGGCUCCAGCAGCCAAGGGUUCGGUUGGAGCAACGGCGGCAAUUCAUUCGGAUUAGGAGGUGGAGCCAACAACAACAACAACAGCAACAACUCCUUCGCCUCGAGCAACCCCUUUGCCAAUGCCAUCGCAAGUGCAGGGCAACAACGUGGUGGAGGAUUCCAAUCGAACAGUGACCGCCCGUACAACAGCUUGAUCGAAAGUCUAUACGAUCAGUUGAAGCUUAUUGGCGGUGGAAAUGCCAACAAUAGCAACAUGGGCGGUGGCAACAACAGCAACACUAACUUUAACAACGCCAACAGCAGCAACUUCGGACAACGUCGUUCUGUCGGUGGUACCGGGGACAACGAUUCCGGCGCUGGCAGCAGCGUCAACUACCAAUGGGGUCGAAACGCCGGAAACCAAAAUUCCGGUCCUUCUUCCUAUUCUGGUCGUAGCAGCAACAACUACUAUGGUAAUAGAAGCUUCUUCACUACUACUCGAACUGGCUUCUUCUAAACAUAACUAAAGUAUCACAGUAUUCCUUUAUCAAUGUGGAAGUGCGACAAAUUUUCAUUCAAAUGCAUUAACUAUUAAGUAUUGGAAGUAAAAAUUUGACUCGAUAUAUACCAUAUUAUGACUUUGACUUUGAAUAAAUUUAAUGUAACCCUAACCAAA